UGGGGGCGGUGGUAGAAAAACACAGAGACAUUGAACGCACCACGAACAGCGGCUCAUCUCAGGCAGCGACCCGGAAUACCGGCACCAUCUCCCGGUGUUUGUCCCGGAUCUCUCUGCUGCACGAGACUCUGAAGAAGCUGCACGGGACUCGCCAGGAUGCUGUGGCUGCUCCUCUUGCUGCUUCCUGCGUUCUGCGACGGCCGGAUCGCGGCUCCAGGAGUCGCUCAUAAAACCCCAAACCGCUCCGUGGACGUGAAGUCUCGGCCUCUCAUCUACUUCUGCCGCUCGCCCAACAUGGAGGACUUCAGCUGCUGGUGGCGCCCGCUGGAGAACCUGACGGAGGAAGUGUCCUACGUCCUCACAUACUCCAAAGACAAGGAGCCUCAGCAGGAGUGUCCGGACUACGUGAGCUCCGGACCCAACAGCUGCCACUUCGACAAGAAACACACCAUCAUCUGGAAGUUUUACUGCCUGAACGUCACCGCCGUCACCAAACACGGGAACUACACUUCCCAGAAGCACUGCCUGGACGUGGCCGACAUAGUGCAGAUGGAGGCUCCGGUGAACCUGUCCUUCGUGCUGGAGGAGGCGGGGGGGGAUGAGAUGGGUCACAACGCCCUGCUGUCCUGGAUCUACCCGGUGCCGGCACACCUGAAGUACGGAUGGAUCACUCUGGAGCACGAGCUGCAGUACCGCCGGGUCAGCGAGCCUGACGUGUGGAAGGUGAAGUACCCCCUCAGGGAGCCCCAGGUGGAGCUGCUCGGGCUGCCGGUGGGGGAGUUCGUAGUGCGGGUUCGAUGCCGCUCACAUAACGCCAGGCUGUGGAGCGAGUGGAGCGAUCCGCUGAUGAUGAGCAUCCCCGCCCGGCCGCCUGCAGGUAAGCUGCUGGUUCUGAUUCUGGUGAUGGGGGUGGGGGUGGUGGCUCUGCUGGUGGUCACCCUGGGGCUCCUCCCCCAGAGCAGGAGAAUAAAAAACUACUUCCUGCCGCCCAUUCCCAAGCCGCGAAUCAUGGGCAUCGACCCGCUGCUCCUGAAGAAGGGGAACCUGGAUGAGAUUAACCGUCACUUCAGGAACUUCCACAGCUACACGCCCCCAAAGUACAGGGAGGAGGCGUGGGACGCUGUGAGCGACGCCUACCUCCCGACCAACAUGGACGCCAUGACAUCACAGAGUCACGUGACACCGGUGGAGAGCGUUUCUCCCUCGUACCUGGAGAGCGUUUCUCCCUCGUACCUGGAGAGCGUUUCUCACCUGGAGAACGUUUCUCACCUGGAGAGCGUUUCUCCCUCGUACCUGGAGAGCGUUUCUCACCUGGAGAGCGUUUCUCACCUGGAGAGCGUUUCUCACCUGGAGAGCGUUUCUCACCUGGAGAGCGUUUCUCACCUGGAGAGCGUUUCUCACCUGGAGAGCGGUUCUCACCUGGAGAGCGUUUCUCACCUGGAGAGCGUUUCUCACCUGGAGAGCGUUUCUCACCUGGAGAGCGGUUCUCACCCUUAUUGCUCCUUGCUUCCUUUAGCUUUCGAUCCGCCGCCGGAAAUCCUGUCUCUCCCGGGCACAGAGUACAGCAUUAUGGGUAAUCCUCACCCUCCUCACCCUCCUCACCCUCCUCCUCCUCCUCCUCCUCCUCAGCGUUCUCCCCAGGACUUCUACACCUGUGUGCAGCUGAUGAAGGACAGCGGCGAGGUGCACCUGGUGCCCUGCCUGCCCCCCCCGUACUGCCAAGAGUCGCAGGAGGAGAAGAAGGAGAAGAUGGCCGACAGCAAAGCUAUGACACAUGUGGGCGAGGGAGGGGAGGCGGCGGUGCCUCUGCUACCUGUCGGCUACACGAGAAACUGAACACCUGGAUGGCUUUGAAGCAGAAACUGAACACCUGGAUGACUUUGAAGCAGAAACCGGAGACACCCCUCCACGCUCCAGCCGUGACCUCAAGAGUACCAAACAGCUGCAAACCAGAUGCAUUGUGGGUAAUGAAGUCCGCCACACUUGAAGAGAGUUAGACGCUGCUGCUCUCACGUUCAAGGCGUCCUCCUCAGGAAACAGAGGUGCAUCACCUGCUUUAAUCCUCCACAGAUUUUAAACUCUGUGUUGAACAGACCACCAUUUCCCAGCGAGCGUCUCAUAUUCAGGAUAUUGGAGUAUUCUGAGCAUGAAAUGAGUAUUAAUGCAAUGUCUCAUGAUCUCAUCUGCAGGUCAAAUCUAACAUGUAUUAUAAGAGUCAGGAACAAAGACCCCCCCCCCCCCUCAGGAAGACAAUGUACAUUUAAGCUGGAUUUGUGUUUAUUGCACUGAAACAAACCACUGUGUUAAUGCUAUAUGUUAUAUAUCAGACGAGCAGCCCCUCUCUCAGUUAAAAUAAUAUAUAUAUUUUAAUUUGAACACGUUACAAGAAGUAUUUUGUAUAUUAUAAAGCCACCAAAUCAGCAAAGCUAUUUCAUUUCCAAUAACAGUGAAGGUGUGUUCAGGUAAAUCAGACACUAAUAUAUAUAUUUAUCUUAACAUAUACAUGUUUCUUGCUGGCGUUGGCUGAACGAAGGGGUGUAUUAUUAAAGUGUGGCCCCUUAAAGAAGCUCUAACACUGGUGCUUGGUCAGCGCAGUGUUUCUCUCACAUUUUAAUGUCGUUGUGCCUUUUCUUCACCGAGCCGUCGGUUUCCUCUCCUGGGAAACGCGCUUAAAUGACUCUUUAAAUAUAAAUAUAUACAGUAUAUAAAUGCACAUGUGUAAUGUAUAAAACAAGCCGCUCUUUUUUGGACUUUUAUUGUGACGGAAUACCACGAUGUGAACUUUAUUCUUGUCAGAAAAAUAAAAAGUGAAAAUGUA